AUGCCUUCCACGAAGCAGCAGCGCGCCCGCCGCCAGACCGCGCCAUCUGGCCCCCCGCGGAAACCAACCGCCAGGGAAAUUCAAUCGAGUCUCGCGCCGACGCAAGAACGACCUGGAUUCCUUAAAUGGGACAUUCCACGCUGGAAAAAUGAGCUAGAGUUCUCGCAAUGGCUCAAUGGUGUCAAAGAUGACCUUAUUGAAGAGAGCUAUGACCAAUAUCAGACCUGCCUUGACGAGCUCCAGCAAUCAAAGGAACACAUUGAUGAAAUCCUGAUGAGCAACCUGACCUUACUUGACGACCUGUCCAGCAUUUCCGAGUCCUUCAGAUCCGUUGAAACCCAGACCUCGAACUUUGAGAAACAAUGCGAGGGCCUUCUCUCUGCGCAGGAGCGCGAUAUGAAGCUUGCGAAUGGUAUUCAAAACAACCUGCACUAUUACGACUUCCUGGAUCCUGCCUCUCGGAGGCUCAAUGCCCCGGGUGCGGGGAACACUGUACGCGAUAAAGAAUUCUCCGACAUGCUUAGGCGCCUCGAUGUGUGCUUGGAUUACAUGGAAACACAUCCCGAACAAAAGGAGGCCGAGGUCUAUCGCUCCAGAUACAGACUUCUCUUAACCCGCGCCCUCACACUCAUCCGAGGAAACUUCGUGACCUCCCUAAGAGACAUUUACCAAAACGUCUCAAAGAAGAUUUCAGACCAGCAAUUGAAUGACACAGCUUUGUCAGCCCUUCUGUACGCCAAAUUCAGGGUCGGGGCUCCCGAGUUAAAGCAGAUCGGUAUCGAAAUCCAGAAGCGAGCGGUUCCACCUUUGAACCCGGAUCAGAAUAAUGAGGCAGAGUACCAGAGUUUGAUGAAUGAGCUGCACAGCAAUUACUCGGCAACGCGUGUGCGACUGAUUAUUCCACUCGCCCGCAAAAAGCUCAGCGAGAUCACACAGACCCCAAGUUCAUCCAAGGACUUGGUAUCAUUCGCUCGAGCGAGCAUCAGCUACAUCCGUGGUCUGUGCCUGGAUGAAUAUGACCUGUGGGGUGAAUGGUUCCAUGGACAGGGGGGACUAUACGACUUCCUCGAAACCAUCUGCGAACCUCUGUAUGACCACCUUCGUCCUCGCAUCAUCCAUGAAACCGACAUCCGCAACCUCUGCCAACUCUGCACUUUGCUCCAAACCCGCUAUUUUCUGGAUCCAGAAGAUGAGCCAGAGCAGACCGACACGAAUCAGUUGGACUUUGCUAUCUUGAUCCAACCUGCUCUGCAGGAUGUACAAACUCGGCUGGUGUUCCGUGCACUGGCAUUCCUGCGCGACGAAAUCGAAAAAUACAAGCCCCUUCCGGCUGAUAUCGAUUACCCAAUGCACACCAAGCAGGUUUCUCUGACUGUGACGGAUACUCAAAUCUCAAGCAAGAAGGAUACCUCGACGGAUUCCAUGAUUGAUAUGACCAAACCUGGCAAAGAGGGAGAUGACGCUGGCGCUACUCCACAAGAUCAGGAUGGAAAAUGGGACUUUGAGACCCAGACUUUAUUAAAGGGAUGGUACCCGACAUUGCGAAAGGCCGUCUGGCUUCUCAGUCGGAUCUAUCGCCUUGUCAACUCCACUGUCUUCGAUGAUUUGGCACAUCAAAUCGUCCACCAAACCACACUAUCCCUCACUAACGCCUGCAUUCUCAUCUCCAGCAAAUCCACCCCAGCCGACAGCCAACUCUUCCUCAUGAGCCACCUCCUCAUCCUAAAGCAACAGAUCGUCGCAUUCGAUAUCGAGUACGUCGCACCAGACGUCUCCCUCGACUUCUCAGGAGUAACAAAUACAUUCUGGGAACUGCGCGAGCGCGGCGGCUUGUUCAACCCACGCAAUCUGAUGCGCUUAGUUGGCCACGGUCUCAUGCCGCGAGUCGUGGAGAACAUGCUCGAUGCAAAGGUUGAGCUGGACGGUAGGCUUCGGACCGUCAUUAACGAUUUCAUCAACGCCUUCGCUGCGCGCAUGACUGCUUCAUUGCCGACGAAAUUCGUCGAUAGCCGGAACCUCCAGCGUGGCGAGCUUAUUCACCCUUCCUGCCAUACCAUUGAGAAGGAAGUUCCUAUUCUCCGCAAAGUUCUGAACGAGUACAUCGAUGAUACGCGUAUGAAGGAAACACUUGUGGGUGCAGUUCAGGAUCGCACGAUUCAGAUCUACGAGGAUUUCUUCGAGAAGUACACCUCAUCCGAGAAGGCAAAAGGGCACGCUGUCAGCAAAAAGGGCAAAGGACGUGACGAUGCCAUCUGGGAUGUUGAAACUUUUGCCGAGUGGUGUGAGGGUGUUUUCCGAGUCGGUGUGGCAGGUCUUCAGUCUGGACAAAUCGACCUGGCUGAGGACAACGAUGAUCUACUGAGCACGAGCUCCUAA